AUGCUAAUAUUUGCAUUGCUACCAAAUAAAACUGAAACCACAUAUGUUAAUUUCUACAACGCAUUAAAAACAUUGAACGAAUCAUUAAAUCCAAAAUCAAUUAUGGUUGAUUUUGAAAAAGCUGCGAUUAAUGCGAUUCAAAGUGUUUUUACCAACACAUCAGUUCGUGGGUGCUUUUUUCAUCUAUCGCAAAGCAUUUGGAGACGCUUGCAAAAUUUAGGAUUCCAAAAAAGGUACAUGGAAGACUCGGAAUUUGCUUUGCAAAUUAGAAUGAUGGCAGCACUUAGUUUUGUACCAGAACAGGAUGUAGAAAAUGCCUGGAAUGAACUACUGGACUCAGAAUUUUAUUCACUGAACGAAGAAAUAUUAACACCUUUAACAAAUUAUUUUGAAGAUACGUGGAUUGGACGUCUUGAUCGAAGAAAUCGAAGGAAACCAGCAUUAUUUACAAAUGGUAAAGCACCAGGUGUAGAUGAAAUAGUAUCAGAAUGUUUAAAAAAGGGUGGACCAUGCUUACUAGACCAACUUCUUAAAUUAAUAAACAUAAUAUGGGAACAAGAGGAAAUACCCGAAUCGUGGUGA